UUCCAUGUGCUUUUCGUCUAUUCCCACUCUUCUUCCGACAAGAAUCUCGAGUGGAAAACCAAGAAAGCAGUAGCCCUGGUUUUCCAAUCCAUCAAGAUUGUUGGAAAUUGAAGGAAGGAAUCAAAUCCUUUGUCCUCCAGGAUUUGUCCUCAGUACUACAAUUAAUUGACACACAAACCAGAUGCUACCUCCCGAUACGAAAAUACCAGAUAUGGAGCCACAGUCGCCAGCUAGGUUCACUUUAGGGAAGCAAUCUUCACUGGCUCCGGAUCGGCCCGAUGAAUCCGUCGGAUACUUAUCUGAGCUGACGAUAGACCCCAGGGUUAAGCUCAUGUAUCUCGCGAAUGAAGGAGACAUUGAUGGAAUCAAAGAGCUGUUGGACUCCGGUACAAAUGUCAAUUUCAGAGAUAUCGAUGAUCGAACUGCUUUGCACGUGGCUGCUUGCCAGGGCUUCACCGAUGUUGUUUGGUUGUUACUCAGCCGUGGUGCCGAGGUUGAACCCAAAGAUCGGUGGGGCAGCACGCCUCUUGCAGAUGCAGUUUAUUACAAAAAUCAUGAAGUGAUCAAGCUCUUGGAGAAAAAUGGUGCAAAGCCUCCGGAAGCUCCAAUGCAUGUCCAAAAUGCCCGUGAAGUCCCAGAGUAUGAGAUCAAUCCUGGGGAGCUAGACUUUUCUAAGAGUGUUAACAUAACAAAGGGUGAUUUUCGAGCAUACUUGAAGCAAAAAGGUCAAUUAAAGCCAACGUUAGCUGUGAAGUUCGCCCUUGACAUUGCUAGGUUAAUCUUGUGGCUGUUCAUUAAAUUGUUGGAGUUCUGUGAUUAG